AUGAAGGUGGGACACCUCAACGAGACUCUCAUGAUGAAAACCAGCAAAGAGUCAGGGUUAGGCGGUACUGUCACUCCUGUUCCUUCGGUAUCUAUGUCCAUGCCUGACCUCGCCACAGUAGUAGUGAAUCAAAUGUUGGUGGUGGAGAACGGGAUGCUAAAGGCGCAAGAAGCCCCCACUACUGUGGACAUGGAGGCGAACGUGGACGUAGCCAGCUCCUUGAUGCCACAGAAUUGGUCAAACAGGCGGAAGUGGCUCAUCCUGAUCAUUUUGUCGUUGACGUCCCUGAUGGUCAACAUGUCUCUCGUCAUCUGCACCCCGGCAAGUUCUGUCAUUGCCCAGCAGUUCAACAAUUACGACAGCUUUCUUUCGGUCUUUUUCAUCACCGUUCCCAAUCUCGGGCAAGUGAUUGGCCCGCUCUAUAUUGGACCAUUGUCCGAGCGUUUUGGACGGGUGCUAGUCUGUCACUUCUUUAAUCUCAUGUUCCUCGUCUUCACCAUGAUCACAGGCUUUAGUAACAGCCUUGCCAUGGUCAUUGUGUUCAGGUUCCUGGCUGGUGCAUCUGUCGCCUCCAUCUGUCUUAACCCAGCCAUCACGGGCGAUUUGUUCGCCGUAAAGAAGCGUGGAGCAGCCAUGUCGCUCACUAGUAUGAUCCCUAUCCUUGGCAGUGCCGUGGGUCCAAUCAUUGGAGGUUACGUUACACAGUACCUUAGCUGGCGUUGGACCUUUUGGCUGAUGGCUAUUGCCACCUCCUGUCUGUCACUACUCAUGGUGGCUGUGUUGAAAGAGUCAUAUGUGCCACUAAUACAGCGGAGGGCGCUUCGGAAGAGCGGCUCUGGACUAGGGAGCGUCAGCUCGCCGUCCAAGUACCUCACAGGAUGGAAUUUAACAACUUUUAAAAGUAUUUCUCUGCUUACUGUACGGCCCUUUGUCAUCCUAAGCAGCUCUCGCAUCGCAGUGCUGAUGGCGCUGUAUUUGUCAAUCCUAUUCGGCUAUGUUUCGCUCCUUGUCGCUACCACUGCAUCUGUCUUUCAGGAUGUCUACGGUCUCUCUGAGAGUCACUCUGGCCUUAUAUACAUUGCAUUGACCAUUGGCACGCUCAGCGGCGCUCUUAUGUGCACCUUUACCCUCGAUUACUUCCUGAUUCGCGGGAUUUCACGCAAAACUCCCGAUGAUUGCACUACGCUGUGCCCCGAAAACCGGCUUAUCCCUAUAAUCCCGGCCAUGGUCAUCUUUCCUGUCGGCCUGUUACUGUACGGAUGGUCUCUCCAUUUUCGCUAUCAUUGGAUUGUUCCGACCGUCGCUACCGUUCUAUGCGGCUUUUCACUGUCGAGUAGCACCACCCCGAUUAUGAACUACAUAGUAGACAUCUUUGGUGAACGCUCCGCCUCUGCUGUCGCCGCUGUUCUGCCUCUGCGUUACGUCGCCGGGGCUUUUCUUCCUGUCGCUGCUCCGUAUAUGUAUUCUACGCUCGGCUAUGGUUGGGGGAACUCAUUGCUGGCGUUUGUACUCCUAGCUGCUGUGCCCGUACCGUUGCUGGUGAUUGUUCAGCCCGAGAGGAUGAAGCCACUCACCAAAUCCUCGGGGUAA